GGAAAUCGACCCUCACGCACGAGCAAGCUUUUGCGGCACAGUCGAUAGCGCGCCGGACCUCGGGCUAGAAGGUCGAGGGUUCGAGACCUGCUCCCUGCCUGUUUCAUUACAGUAUUGUACAUUAAAUUAUACAUAUUAAGUCUACCUCAUUGCAGCGAUGAGGUAGCCGUGGUAAUGCUUUUUAUUUUGGACUGGUAUCUAAGAACGCACAAGACCCGGAUGUGGUAACUAUACAAAAGUUGUAUCUUUAUUGGUUAAUUUUCUUUUCACAAUAACAGACUUCGAUGGAAGAGACCAAAUCGAGGCAGCUCAGCAGGUUGAGCUGAAUCCCUCUGCAGUGGAAGUAAAAUAUGUGCAAUGGAAUGGUAGAGUCAAUGUUAAAAGCCCUUGAGCUGCUCACCUCAGCUGACAAGCGGGCACUUUCACUGUUGCUCUUUCUGACUGUGCUAUCCACGGGACAAGGGUCAGGAUGUGUGAGGCCAUUCAUGGUGCAGAACAGCUGGGUCAACCUGACAGAGACCAACAGGGGUUCCUUCCCUGUGGGCACGGUGCUCCAGUACAGCUGUGACCCAGGCUAUCUGGCUGAUGGGCCCAGCAUCAUCACAUGCAACCCCCUAGGCCUCUGGACCUCAGACCCACCCCACUGCAAACAGAGUGACGCAGUGUGCCGGCCUCUGUUUGAGCCUGAGAAUGGAGGGUACACCUGCCACCCGUCUCCCUGCCAUCGGCUAGGCCAGGGCACUGUGAUUGAGUACUUCUGUGAUGAAGGCUUUAUCCUGAAGGGAGACUACAAGUACAAAUAUCUUACCUGUCAGGAUGGGGAGUGGGACGGCCCCAUGCAGAUUAGCUGUGUCAACCAAGGAUGUGCGAGGCCGUUCAUGAUCCAACAUGGGUCAGCCAACCUGACAGAGUCCAACGGGGCUUCCUUUCCUGUCGGCACGGUGCUCCAGUACAGCUGUGACCCAGGCUUCCUGGAGGAUGGGCCCAACAUCCUCACCUGCACCCCCCUGGGCCACUGGUCCUCAGACCCACCCCGCUGCAUACACAGUGAUAUGUGUCUGCCUCCAUUUGAGCCAGAGAAUGGGGGUUACACCUGCCACCCGUCCCCCUGCCAUAGACUGAACCAUCGCACUGUGAUCGAGUACUUCUGUGAUGAAGGCUACAUCCUGAAGGGAGACUACAAAUACCUGACCUGUCAGGACGGGGAUUGGGACGGUCCCAUGCAGAUUAGCUGUCUCCUGGACCAAGACAGAGACCCUGCCCUGCCGUUGGGCAUACCCACCCUGUCCAUCGUGGCCUCCACUGCCAGCUCUGUAGCCCUCAUCCUGCUGCUGGUGGUCCUGUUUGUCCUGCUGCAGCCAAAACUCAAGUCCUUCAACCACAGCUGCCGUGAGCAGGGGGUGUCAGGCCAGCCCGUGUCCAUCAUGGUGGAGGGGGUGCAGGUGGCCCUGCCCUCCUAUGAGGAGGCGGUGUGUGGCGGAGUGGGUCUGAGUCUCAGCUCUGAGUCCCGGGUCCAAAUAGUGCUGUCAGAGGGCCAGCAGGCUGCAGGGACGACCGAGCCGCUCAUUGCACAGGCCGGGCCCUCCAGGCCCUCCACCCUCUCCCAGCUCUCAGAGAUGGCAUUGGUUCACCCAGUACCACCAUCCUUCCCUUCUUCCCCUUCAUACUCCUCCUGCUGGGGCCCGGAGCAGCAGGCUGCUGCUGCAGCGCCUUCACCUUCACAGAGGAGGGACUCCACAGGCAGUGAGCAGCACAGUCUGCCCCUCCUCAACUCUGAGAUGGACUACACUGACGAUAUGCCUUUGUUAAAGGAGGCCUGAAUCAUUCUGCAGCCACUUGGGCGUACAUUAGAGACAUCCAGGGUUGCUGUUGUGCGGCUGUGUUGAGUCGGAGGCAUGUAUGAAGCUCCCCACUGCAGCAGCUGCCAACACAAGACUACCCACCACCCUCCUCCAGGGGCACUAAGUGAGGCCGUGUCAUGCUCAGCAGAAUGUUGCUUCUCCCCCAUCCAGAGGAGGGCUCAGAGGGGUUUAACAUGUACAUAAUGCUUAGCCAUUUUCUAAGUGUCUUGACACUUGUUCUUUUAACCAUUGGCUUAGCGCAGGGACGUAACUGUAAAAGAAUGACCACCCUGUAUGUUGGAUGGUCUUCUGGAAAGCUCGAUAUGACAUUUGAAAAUUCUCUUUACAGCAUUACAUGUAUUUUUUUUCAGUGGUUAAACACAGUUUAUGAGCUAAUCAUUGCACCCAUCACCAAUUUGUACCAUGUCGACCUGUUUUUACAUGAUCACUGCAGAACAUGCACAGCAGCAUGUUAGGAAUGAUGCAUGAAGACCACUGCAACUUAGAUUGAACUGGUCAUUCUCACACAUACACAGAUUUGACCAUUUAUGCUCGAUAAGGUAAGUAAGAGUAACUUGUGAUAAUAUUCUGAAUGGGGUUCUUAAUGGCACAACUAAUUGAUGUCACAUCCAUUCUGAUCAUAGUUUUGAGCGCAGUGGGUUUUUUUCAUGCACUUAUUAGAUGAUUUUGCUGAAGGCCAGUGUUCCCUAGGUUGAGGCACACCUCUCAGCUUAUUGACAUUGGGCUUAGCGUUUAUAUCCUCUUAUUCAUGUCAGUACACCUUUUCCCAGGUGGCCUUAGAGCUCCACUUCAAUGCACAAAAAGCAUUUGUAUUGAGUUUCCUUCCUAAAAAAAUUGAUUUUAAAAUUGUCAAUUUUCGCUCUUCACAGCUCCAUGACGUAACAAAUUAGAGCAUAGUUGGUGGUUCUUGGAGACCUGACAAUGGUAUACUUUAUAUGUAUUUGUGGGUUGUUUAAAAUGAUGCAUUAAGUUAAGAUGGGUAAACUAAAUUGAGUAUUUAGUAUAUUCAUGUCCAGAAUGCUGUUGAUCAGCCAUGGUUGCUUGGAUGCUUCCACAAUUCUUGAGAAAGCAUAUUAAGAUGUGUCUUUUAACAUUGCCACCUUGGUGGACUCAUAAGGACAUAAUAUAUGGAAGACUAAAGUUAAUUGGAUUAACCAUAGUUCAAAACAGAUCAUUAUUGUUAUGUACAGAAGCUUAGUGUCAUGUCUUUUCAAAUGGUUUCAGUUGCUUUGGGACUACACAAUGCAAUUGGUGUAAAGAUAGUAUUUUAAUAUUUGAAAAAAGGUUUGUUAAUUUUACUCUGUAAAUACCCUGUUAUAAUUUUGAAUAAAUAUAAUUUGAGCUGUGAAAAGGUUUUGUCCUUGUCAACCAAUUCCAUUCUUCAACAGUUCAACCUCUUUCACUGCACUGUUUGCUCUCUAUGUUGUGGACAUUCUGUCAGCACGAGGUGGCAUUGUAAUGCACUUUAUUUAUAAAGAACCCACUUCUUGAAAAUACAUUUUGACAUUUUAGAGGCUUUUUUUGUAAUUAAACAUCACAAUUUUUGUUUUCAUAACACUGCAACAAAGAUGGAGACCCUGUACAACUUUAUGCUGCUUUUAUGUCCUUUACAGAAAUGACCCCAUUGUCAUUGAGUAUUUGGUUAAAAC